AUGUUUAAUCCAACGCAUAUUCACAGCACCAACCGCCCGAACGACGAAAACGCCGUAGCCGCAAUGCGCACGGGCAAGCCCAGCCACCUAAAUGGCAAGCCCACACUGGCGCCCGCAACCCCAGCGGCCACUAAAAAGCACAGCACGCCCAUGCGCCUGGCGCUGACGCCCAGCACGUCUGGCAUCAAGCGCAUCCGCUCAUCGACACCAAUGCAGGCGCGGGAGCCGAUGCGCAUGGUGAAGAAGUCGCGGGGGCUGUUCAGCCCAUAUGGCGUGGCGGAUGAGCGGGUGCUGCUGCUGGAGCCCGAGUAUGUGCCGGAGCGGGCGGCGUCGCCGGAACUGGCGGCGGUGGAGGAGUUUGGGGAUGAUCUGGAUGCCACGCUGGUUCCGGGUCGGCCACGGGCGCCGCAUGUGACCCUAAAUGUGGGCGGGGCUUUGGAGCUGGCGCCGGAGCGCAUGCAAGAGAUCUGUGUGCCGGUGGUAAGGUUUUCGCGCAUCCCGAAGCCGUGCGGUAGUGCAGGGCAGAUCAAGGUGCGGCUGCAGGAGCUUCUGGCGAUGUCGCUGUAUCCGACACGGAUUCCGCGGCUGAAGCGCAAGCGGGUUUAA